AUUUCAAACACCAGCCCUGCCCACAUUUUCUAUCUAAUUGUAUUUUUUCAUUUUCGCCCCUGUAAGAGCUUUUUAAAAAAAAAUGUCUACCCCAAACAGCGACGUAUUGUUGGAUGGAGAUCACUUCGUGAAUGGUAUACUGUAUCCUGACCCAGUGCUGAGGGAAGAGGAGUACAAGAAGGUGCUGGACUUCCCUCUCCAGUCUGAUGACACCUUUGUCACCAGCUACCCUAAAUCAGGGACAGUUUGGACCAUUAGUCAAGUGAAACUAAUCAAAGAGAAGGUCCAAGAGCUCUCUGGCUCUAUCUCUGGUGACACAGUCCCACUGUCAAAGAUGCAUUUGGCCGAUUCUGUCUCCUGGCUGGAAGAAGAUGGAAAGGAGUUUGGAAUGGCUCUUCCCUACCCUCGUACUUUAGCAUGUCACAUGCCUUACCACAUGCUGCCUGGAGGGGAGCCUCAUAAAUCGCCAGCCAAGUACAUUUACGUCAUGAGGAAUCCUAAAGAUGUCUCCAUCUCCUUCCAUCAUUAUUUCUAUGUCCUCGUGGAGAGGAAGCACGAGAUAAAAUUUGACGAUUAUUUUGAGAUGUUUAUGCUAGCAAUAUUCUCAUUGUCAGAUUUGAAGAGAUGA